AGGAGAAGCGAGGGGGAAUGGGCCCCGAAGCGCUGCCGCUCGGCCCCUACGGCGGGGCGGCCGCCGCCGCGCUGCUGCUCUGGGUCGUGUGCGUGCUCUGCCGGAGGAAAAGGAAGACUGGAGAGCCCCCACUAAUAAAUGGCUGGAUUCCUUACCUGGGGAAGGCUUUGCUUUUUAGAAAAGAUGCUUUCAAAUUCUUACUGGAUCAGCAAAAGAAACUUGGAGAUAUUUUCACUGUACAUAUUGCUGGCAGAUAUAUUACCUUUAUCAUGGACCCGUUUCAAUACGUUUAUGUCAUCCGAAACAGCAAACAACUCGAGUUCCACGAAUUUGCUGAUAAGAUGGCUUCCAAAACUUUUGACUACCCAGCCUUGUCAAAUGUAAAAUUCCCCGAUCUCAAGGAAAACCUGCACAGAAUCUACCAGUAUCUACAAGGCAAGCCUUUGGAAAUAAUCUCUGACCACAUGAUGAAAAAUCUCCAGGAUAUAUUUGAAUGGAAAUGCUCACAAGCAACAGAUUGGGAAACAGAAAAAAUGUACAAAUUCUGCUGCUCUGUAAUGUUUGAAGCCAGUUUUGUAACACUAUAUGGAAGAGUUCCUGCUGCAGAUGGCCGCAAAGUUAUUAGUGAAAUCAGAGACAAAUUUAUCAAGUUUGAUGCCAGCUUUCCCUAUUUAGCUGCAAACAUACCAAUUGAGUUGCUAGGAGCUACCAAGAAGGUUCGGAAGGAGCUUAUACAUCAUUUUUUACUUCAGAACAUGACAAAAUGGCUGGGAGGGUCAAAAGUGGUCCAAGCCAGACAAGAUAUAUUUGAGAAAUAUGAGCUGCUUGGAGAUUAUGACAAAGCAGCACAUCAUUUUGCCUUCCUGUGGGCCUCUGUGGGAAACACGAUUCCAGCUACAUUCUGGGCCAUGUAUUAUCUGCUGCGGCACCCAGAAGCUCUCGCAGCGGUGCGUGACGAGAUUGACCAUUUGCUGCAGUCAACAGGUCAGAAGAGAGGGCCCACGUAUAACAUCCACCUCACCAGAGAACAAUUGGACAACCUGGUCUACCUGGAGAGCGCCUUAAACGAGAGUUUACGGAUGUGCUCAUCUUCCAUGAACAUUCGCAUCAGCCAGGAGGAUUUUGUUCUCAAGCUCGAAGGGGAUCAGGAAGUCAGUUUGAGGAAAGGAGACUGGAUAGCCCUUUACCCUCAGAUUUUGCACAUGGACCCCGAGGUCUAUGAAGAUCCUAAGAAGUACAAGUUUGAUCGUUACAUAGAGAAUGGCAAGAAGAAAACUACAUUCUACAAGGCAGGAAGAAAACUGAAGUAUUUCCUAAUGCCCUUUGGCUCUGGGAUCAGCAUGUGUCCAGGGAGGUUCCUCGCAAUGAAUGAGAUGAAGAUGUUUCUUUUCUUACUUUUGGCUCAUUUUGAUGUAGAACUAGGGGAAAACAAAGCUGUCAGACUUGAUAACAGUCGUAUGGGCCUUGGUAUCCUCCUGCCAGACACUGAUAUUGCCUUUCGUUACAAGCUGAGGUCCUUAAGAAAUUGAGCAGUUGCCUCUGUGCCUUCUACUAAUCUCAGUGUUUGCUCUGUUUCCUCACUCAGCUUUGUAUUUUUGAAAGUGUUUGCUUUUACCCUCCCUACUUUCACCUCCUUCCUUUUUUUUCUAAGGAGAAAAGCCCUUCGACUGGAGGUAGAUGACAGACACAGGGACAUAAGAACCUCUAUUUGUCCUGCCCAUCUUCUGCUGAGGUGAGAUGACAAGAACUUGGCUGACUAUACCAUGCCAAUGUGAAGGAUCCCCAUACUCUUGGCUCUGAGUUGUGUAGGGCCUGGGGGAAGAUGAUGUCAAGCUGAACCCAGGCCAUCAUAUUGGAAAUGGGCUCAGUAGCCACAUACAGGGAAAUACUCAAAUUCUUCAGAAACCUGACAGUCCAGAUACACGGCAGGCACAUUGACAGAGCCAAAAGACCUCCUACCAUCACUGUGCCAUGAGGUUCCCCCUUGUUGGAUUGAGAAGUCACCCACCAUCAGGAAGCAUGACUGCAUCUGCUUGUAGAAAAAUAAUAGUGAGAAAGGGGGGUCUUAAUUCUAGAGGGUGAAAGGAUUUUUUAGAGAUAAUUAUUCUAACUUUGUGUUUACUCUGUUCCCUUUUAUGAGUGUCUUAGUCCUUAUCUGGGAGAUGUAAUGGAAGCUAUAUGAAGUGGAGGUGAUUUACAAAAUUUGUGAUUUUUCCUGCAGCCAACUGAAGUCAGAGGGGAGGUUCUGUUGAUUUUAAUAGGUUCUGGAUCAAGCUGAAAUUACCUGUUUGGGUUUUUGAGCCAAAAAAGUAUACUCUUCAGGGAGAAAAAUUAUGAGCCUAUUUGAAAUGAUUCCGUCAUCUCAAAAAUUACCUUAUGUUUGUCUUACCAUUUUACUAGUAGCAUAUCUGUGUGUUUAGUUUGACAAUUUAUUGUGUUUGUUAGUUUCUCCAUAAGGGCAAAAGAAUGAGAGGGCUUCAAGGACAAGUGUGGUGUCUAAAACUGCUUUUUAAUAGUAUUUUAAUGUGCCUAAGCUGUGCAUAGGCAGACUAGUGUGACCUCUGUUUGGAAACAAAAUUGUCUCUGUGCAAGAUGGAAAACAGGAUCUUCUUUGGGGCCAAAAUGUGAGCAAGUGAAAACACCAGGCAGCCACAGCAGUUGACUGCAGGUGGGCUGCACAGCCUGCUCCACUGGGUGAUCCUGUUUCAAACAUGAUUUUUUUUUUGCUGCACAGUAUACAGAAUAUAAAAUUUUAGACCCUAUCUAGGACCUUGUCUUUAGACCUCUCUACUGAGAUCCUCUCUCACUUCCGAGAUCUCAAUUUAGUCCAAUCUCAAUUUACCAUGAACAUAACUGUAAUGGGAGACCAGCCAUGUUUGCUGGCCUUGCUUUGUGUUCCCCAAAAAUUCUUUUGGGGAAUUUGAGAUACACCAAAAAUUUGAGAUACACCAGCCUAAGUUCUGCCCACAUUGCCAGCUGAUGAAUAACAGUGCUCUGCAUGGUGCUCCCAAGUGUCCCGUCAUCGUACAUAGAAGUCAGAUUGAAAGAAAGGUUAAUAAUCGCUGCAAGUGUAGGUUAGUUUGUGCAGUAAACCCUUAAUCUAUUCUGUGCCAGAAUUUGCAACUUGCUAAGUAACAACCACAGAACUGUUACCCUUGUCUGGACACUGCCAGAUGAACUGCCGGCUCAUCUGGUGUUGGAGUAUCCAGCAGCAUUAUAGAAACUUCUCAGUGAGUGCAGAACAAAUCAUUAAAAAUAUUGUUUUUCUCAAGUAUUUCAUUGUCUGCAUUCCUGUGUUUCAGAGUGUCCUGCUCUGACAGAGUUAAUGAUGCUCAAAAAAAUUACCUGACACUCUACUCUAUACAAAAGACACAAAGUUCUGCAAACUUCAGCUGGAUUUGUCAGAGCCACUGGUUCAUUUUGAGAAUACUCAGCUGAAAUCUCUUGUGCCUCAAUCUUGCAUGUCUUCCAAAAUCAGAAGGUUUACUUGUCUCGUAAGCACUUGAUAGCCUAUGGAUGGAAACUGCUAUGUUCAUGCUAAGGUUUAGAAUUAUUUGUUGUUACUUGUGUAGAAGACUGUUUAGUUAUUCAUGUAAAGCACAUAUCCUAAAUAAACGUCAAUAGAAAGGCUUUCAGACAUUGGCACAGCCGCAUUCCAAAUCCUCUGAGUAGAAAAUUGUAUUUUUGUGAGAUGCAUUGGAUGAAUAUUUUCACUUCAUAUAUAAUAUCAAUAAUGUCGACAGUGUUGGAGUACAGUUACAUUAAAUGGGCUUUGCGGUUGAUUAAAUGCCUUAACUUUGCUUCAACGUUUAAUCAACACCAGAAGCUGAUUAUUGCGUUUUGUCACAGAACAAAAUUUGUUUCUACGGAGAGAUUCUUGCACUCAGGUUACUUACUGCUAUACUUACUCAGUAGGAGCUACUCUAUACUCGGCCAUAGUUCACAAUCCAGUUUGGACAUUAGAGCCUUUUUUAUUGAGAGAGGAAAUGCUGAUAUCAUUACACUCUUGACUGUAUUACAUUAUUGUUUAAAUGUAAGCUGUAGAAUGUCUCAUGCCACAGUUAGGAUAAAUCUUCCUUUGGCAUCCAACUUUGAAACAAACCUGAAGCAACUGCAAAAAUAACAGUAGGUAUUUGUUUUAAGCAUAAGACUUUUUUUUUUUUAAUUAAUAAUCUAUUGUUAGGAUUUUGAAUUAGUAUAUCACAGGCUGCUGCAUAAUUUAGUGGGACACUCUUGUGCCAGAAGUACACGCAGAUCAUUAGUAAUUUCAGAUUAAUUGCUAAUCAGUUUGUACAAUAUCUGUCUUGGAAUUAAAAGGAGAUCUAGAUUGUUUCUAAACCAGUGAAUUAAAGUUGUAGGCCUCGCUUUUUCAUUAAAAAAAAAAAAAAAGGAAAGAAACAAGGUGUCAAAGUCUUUCUGGGAGCUGAAGGAAAGCUCUGUGAGGGCGCUCAGAAGCUGCGCCUCAGAGUUGGCGACCACACCUCACACCACACAGGAGGACAGGGCUUUCGUGGUAUGAAGUCAGCCCAUUGCACUUCUUGCUCAGGAGCCAAAAUGACGGAACUUGGAGCAAGGGCUGCCCAGGUCAUGCUGGAGUUGUGUCCCUGGGAGCCGCCGCUCCUGAUGGAUGGCUUUUGCUAGCGAGCAGUGUGUCACUGAGGUGGGGUCUGCAUCCCUUUGCAGGCAUGGUAAGGCUCACUGCUUUAAAGUCAGAGUGUUAGAGCAGGAGAGAGGAAGCAUUAGGCCUGGUCAUCCUGCUGGUUCACAUACUCUGCAGCUGAGCAGUGACCCUGUGAGUCAGCAGCCAGCUGACUGGGAGCAACUUGGUCUCCUUGGAACAGGGAACAAGGCCCGUGGUGUUGGUAUUCCUGGUUGUUAAGCAGCAAAGUGGGACAGGCCUGCAGCAUCCCUAGGGGCCUGGCUGGAGCCAAGAUGGCCACAAAGUGCUGCCCAAGGAGGAGGGCCAGCUUUGUGUGUUUGGCCGCAGCACCCAGGAGGCACCAGCUUGGUGCCGGUCACUCAGGCACUGUGAUGGCUAAGCCACUCAUGUAGAAACCUGCAGUAGCUGCGUUGGCAGGUGGUCAGCUGUCAGCCAUGCAGGGCUGGCCUCACUGCUGACCAGUGGGACUGGCCAGAGGACUCUGUGGGUGCCUCCAGUCUGCCUUGGGUGACAUGGGGAACCCGCUCCUAAGUGUUACAAGUGACUGUGCUGGGCUGUACUGGCCUCCAGUGAUAGGCUAUCACUGAAUACAGUUAUACUGAUACUGUCAUCUGCUGUUAAGGGGGAAAAAAAAAAAGUCAUCUUCUUUUCUGAUACAAAACAGGUUUAUUAAAUCGGCGUGUCCCAUUUGUAGCACCCGAGCAGGAAGGUGAAUUCAUCAUAAGCUAAUACAAAAUGUGAUAUUUUUUUUUACCACUAUUCUUUUAAUAUGCACUUUGCUCUGCACUGUCACGCACUGUUGCUGUGCCCCACCACCAACUCACUAACCCCCUCUGUGUCUCAAAGGAUCGUGCUGCUGCUCUAAGUGCACCUCUUUGCAAAUUUGACUUCCACAUCACUGCCAAUACGUUGUAAUGUAAUAACCUAAAGCCAUGUUAGAGUGUAAGAGCUGUUUAGAAUGUUAUGCAUGUCACCGGUUUUGGCAUUGUGCUUCUUUUCCUUUUUUAUUAUUUUCCUUCUUUCUUUCUUUCUUUCUUUCUUUCUUUCUUUUCUUUCUUUCUUUCUUUCUUUCUUUCUUUCUUUCUUUCUUUCUUUCUUUCUUUCUUUCUUUCUUUCUUUCUUUCUUUUUUGAGUGAUUGCUGAUCUGCAAGUUUCUCUUGCAGAAUUAUAAAUGAUCUUUUAUGUCACCAUUAUUGCACUUUCUGUCAUUCAGAAGAUUGUGAAUUGCUCUUAAUUGCAAAAACUGACGUUUUGUAUAUGGGUGGACAAUGGUUAGGCUUUACCUUAAUAGUUAAUAUCCAUCAUUAAGGCUCUUAGGUCGAAUAAGAUACGUUGUGAAUUCCUAAGCAAGAAAAUUGAAACUUCAUUAUUUUAGUAAUCUAACAUCUGAAGUGAUUUUUGUAUUUCAAGGACACAUAAAAAUAUAUCUAUUUUAAUACUGAA